UGGUAGAGCGGAGGACUGUAGUAUGUUUGCGGAGGACUGUAGUAUGUUUGCCGAAAUCCUUAGGUCGCUGGUUCGAAUCCGGCAGGUCGGACUUUUUGAGAUUAUUAUUUUAAUUUGUUGUUUUCCCUUUCCGCAUGCUAUAAAGGCCCAAUUUGCGGCCAAAGAGAAAAAUAAAAAAACGAUGAGUGGGGAAGACGAGACUGCGGCAUCAGAAGCAGCAGCGGAGGAGAUGGCGCGUAGCAUCACGUACAUCACCGGCUCUCAGCUUCUCCCUCUCAUCCGCCGCCCUAACAUCGCCAUCAUCGACGUCAGGGAUGACGAGAGGAGCUACGACGGCCAUAUAGCGGGAUCCUUACACUAUGCGAGCGAUACGUUUAUGGACAAAUUACCGAAUCUCGUUGAAGCUACCAAAGGCAAGGAUACUCUCGUUUUCCACUGCGCUCUAAGCCAGGUUCGAGGACCCAAAUGUGCUCGAAGGUUUGCUGAGUAUGUUGCUGAUGCAAAAGAUUUGGGAGUGAAAGAUAUAGUAGUUCUCGAGCGUGGAUUUAAUGGUUGGGAAUCUUCGGGUAGGCCUGUUUGCCGCUGCAACAACAUUCCCUGCAAGGGUGGUGAGUCAAAACCCUAAUGCUUCCGUGAAGAUAGGUGGCUGCAAGAAAAUAAUUUUUGCUAUAGCCCUGAUGAUGGGACAAUUGCAUUGAUAUUAAUUUACAAGUAAUAUUGUGAGGAAUUAUGUGCACUACUUAAUUAAUUCGUUAUGUUUAAUGGUAUAUUUUCUUGUUGCAUGUUACUAUGUAUAUUGACCAGACUUCAAAGAACGGAACGUGAAUAAUAAACUUGUGGGAUAGAUUGCUGGAUUUA